AUGGAGUUCGUUCAUUCAAAUAAAGGCAAUUUAAAGGUGAUUUUUAAAGGCUAUGUUUAUAUCAAGCAAAACAAUCUGGCGAACGGCGUUGUGUCAUUUGAGUGUUCCAAAAGACGCAACAAGGCAGAAUGCAGAGCAAAAAUAAAAAUUCAUGGUGAACAGCUUGUUGGACGUUGUAAUGAGCAUUCGCAUGGACCAGCUCCAUCUCAACUGGAACUUUGUAAAGUAGUGCAGCAGAUAAAACAAAUGGCAGAAGAAACGGAAGCAACACCCCAGCAGAUCAUCACUCAGUCCAUUACUACGAUUAGCGGAUAUGCCAAGGCCGAACUGCCCUUGGUUCCACACAUACGGCGUAACAUCAGGCGUCAACGUCAAACGCUAAAACAUCCACUGUCUGAUCCAAGGAAUGUUGAUGAUAUAAUCAUUUCUGAACAAUAUACAAUGACACAAGUUGGACAACAAUUUCUUCUGUUCGAUUCCGGUGCCAAAUCAAAAGGUACGAUGUUAUUGUUUGGAACCAAGGACAACCUUAGGUUAUUGGAGGUUAAUCAGCACUGGUUUAUGGAUGGUACAUUUAAAACAGCUCCUGCAUUGGUCAAUGGACGGACUGUUCCAUGUGUUUAUGCCUUACUUCAAAACAAAACACAGGAAACAUACACAGCACUCUUAAACACAAGCCUUCAACCAAUUUCUAUUAUGAUUGACUUUGAAAUGGCUGUGAUAAAAAGCGUUGAAAGGGUAUUUCCAAAGUGUGAGGUAAAAGGAUGUUUCUUCCAUCUUAGCCAAAAUAUAUACAGAAAAAUUCAGGACUCUGGCCUUCAACAACUCUACCAAGUUGAUAGUGAAUUUGCUCUCAAGCUCAGAAUGCUACCUGCAUUGGCUUUUGUUCCCUGUUCCUAUUGA